GUCGAAGCAGAAGGUCGAUGUGAUUGUCGAAGCAGAAGGUCGAUGUGAUUGUCGAAGCAGAAGGUCGAUGUGAUUAGAUUUUUAGAUAUAGAGCACAAACUAAAUGUGUGUGUGUUCCAGAGCAAAGGGGAUGCGGGUGAAGUUGAGCCACCUGGCUGACAAACAGGAGUGGACACAUCACAAACACAGGGUCCAUGAGGACAGGACUCUUCCGGGUCUGGAGUCUCUACUCAACGGCAAGAUUGGCCAGAAAGCUUUCCUCUGGUUCCUGCAGUCUGAGUUCAGUGAGGAGAACCUGCAGUUCUGGUUGGCCUGUGAGGAGUACAGGGUUACCCCAUGGCAGCGGGGGGCCAAGGUGAACCUGGAUGCUGAGACCAGGGAGGCUCUACUCUGA